UUUUUUUUUUUUUUAUAUAGCUGUCUUAUAGUUUCGCUAUCGGACAAGAGCUGCAGAUAGAGAGCUGGGAGACGUGAGAUGAGAUAUGGGAGUUGCCGAGGGCUGCAAAAAUAUGUCCGGAAUACCACAAUACCAUGGAUUCUGCUGCUCUGAUUCAUAUAGUAGGACAGGAGGAGUGGAUUGAAGCCUUCAACUCACGACUCCAAUUCGAUUAACGACAGCGGAAAAUUUUCUUUUUUAAUUUUUAGUCGUUUGUUUUUUUUUAAUGUUUUUGCAUGGGUUGUUCCUGAAUUACUGCUGACGCCUAUUAAGGAAUUUGCUGAUAAAUACUUUAUGAAAAUUGAUUUGUUUUUCGCUACAUUGCGCGUCGAGAGACCAGUGUAUUAAAUGAAAUUCUCUGUUUCAGCUAACAAACUGCGCAGUUUGUACAUCGAGGCGGCCAUCUGAGCUUCUACGAAGGCGGCCUCCUCUAUCCCAACCCGAUAACUUGGCUAGAUCGCACUCACGUCUUUUUCGUCGGGACGGUCUCGACUGUGAACGCGAGCCACCAUCUCUCGCUGUGGGCGUCAUCUUCGUGGUGAUACGCAUGGACAUGCAAACCUUGUACCCGAUCGUCGUCGGCUUCUUGCGAGACAUGGAUCACGAACUGCGCACCACUCUCAGAAUCAAACAGGACGAGCUCGGCCAGGACAUGAUCUUCCCUUGGAAAAGGGAUAGGGAGCCUCCUAUCCAAAUCAACUUCUUCGGCAGCCCUACCAGCAUCUACACGGACAAACAGACCGGUAUCGUCGCCUACUUGGAGAUCGACAACCGCAAGUGUACGAUGACUCAGGGCUCGGUUUGUUUCCCUACAGUCAACGAAGCCGCUGAGUAUCUGGUCACCACUGUGUCGAAACACUCCUUGUCGAGAAACUUCCCCAUCAAGAAGGUCGAGAGCGUUGUCGAGCCCAAUCUCGACUACCCUGACUCUAACUACAAAUACGUGUUCAUCGGUGCGGUGCUCGUCGUUUGUUCAAACACCACACCACAAAAAAGAACUUUCGACGAACCAAAGUUGAAAUAAAUUAUUAUUAUGUAUUCUGAAUUUCAGAUAUACUGUCAUAAAUUUAACCAGACACCUGGACGUUUGAUCUACUUAAAUCAAGAAACGUUGAUCAAGAAUUCACGUACGUUGUCAAUUGUUAGAGCGUUGGCAAAAAG